AUGAAGACAGUACUUCUGUUCAUUCUGUAUUUAAAGUCUGGCCUAAUAGGAGCAGUCUAUAAACAGUGGAUCCCAGAUACAAACUUUGACAAUGCAACAAACUGGGACAAAGCCAGGGUCCCCUGCUUUAAAGACAAAAUCUAUUUUGACAGCAGAAUGAGUGUCUCUGUUUAUGUCCAGUCAACACAUCUGCUAACAGAAAUGCAUAUCCCUUUAGAUGGAGAGUUCAUAUUUGUGCCAGAUUCUGGAUUUGCUGCCAGCACAGGUUCAGAUGAUCCAAAUUGUCACAAAGGAGAAAAUCUGAAUUUCAUCAGUCCUGAUCAGAAUGCGUGGUAUGACCCCAAAAUGUGGCAUGCUGCUGCAUCCAUUGAUGACCUUGAAAAAAACAAGUACCUGUUCACAGUGGAUGAAGAACGUGUCCCCUGCCAGUACGAUAAUGUCAUCUUCAGACCUGAAACAUCAUUCCGAGUGAAUGUCGACUCAGCGGAGAAAGAGAUUUCUGUCAGCACUAUUUCUGUCUUAGGAAAGAAAUUUUCCAGCAAUGAUGACUUCAGUCAGUAUAUGCAGUCAAAUACAGCAAAAUUACAGUUCCAUGGCAAAGGCACGAUCAAAGUCACAAACACGAAGUGCAGUGACAAAUCUGGAUGUGAAUGUGGAAAUACUGCUAAUUUUGACAGAAUAUGCUCAGCCUUGAACCAGCACACUGGUAAUAAAUGUCCAAAAGUGUCUUGUAAAAAUCCGUUGACACCAGUGGGGCAUUGUUGUGGAGUAUGUGGAGCCACUAUUUCCUUGAAAUACAGUUCAGAGUUUGAUCUUGAAAGAUACCGUGACCGGCUGAUACACACAUUCCUUAGUUUGGGAAAAUAUGCUGGAGUUCAAAUGGGCAUAUCAAAAGUGAGCAGACAACAAACUUUACUGGGAUUCAUACCCCGUGAAACAGUUUCAGAAGUUCAGAUAGUGCUUAUAGAUGAGAAAACGGGGUCACAGGCUGGAAUCACUGCCGCACAACUCGCUAAAGAUAUCAUGAACGACAUCCAGGAGCAUGGUAAUUUAUUUAUUAUGCCAAUUUAUUAA